CUUCGGAAAUAGAAACAAAGUUGGUCACAAAUCACAUUGGCUUUGCCCGAAGUUUUUUUUUUUUUUUUCCCCCCUCACUCUUCUUUAGCAUGCUACCAUGGGACAAGUGACCACUCCUGUCCACGGGGGAGGUCGGGGUAGUCUGCUGGCGAGGAAGAGGCUGUAACUCUACGUGGCCAUGGUACCUGUUGAAAACACAGAGGGCCCCAAUCUGCUGAACCAGAAGGGGAGAGAGGCGGAGACGGAUGGCAGCUACGGAGCCAGCGGCGGCCGGCAUCCUGCCUGUUCGGGAGGUUGCAGCCUGUUCACUUUCCUGACAUCGGUCACUGCGGCUCUCAGUGGCCUCCUGGUGGGUUAUGAACUUGGACUCAUCUCUGGGGCUCUUCUCCAGAUCAAAACCCUACUAGCCCUGAGCUGCCAUGAGCAGGAAAUGGUUGUGAGUUCCCUCCUCAUUGGGGCCUUCCUCGCCUCUCUCACAGGAGGGGUCCUGAUAGACAGAUAUGGAAGAAGGACUGCAAUCAUCUUGUCGUCCUGUCUUCUUGGACUUGGAAGCUUGGUCUUGAUACUCAGUUUUUCCUACACAGUUCUUAUAUUGGGACGCAUUGCUAUAGGGGUUUCCAUUUCCCUGUCUUCCAUUGCCACUUGUGUGUACAUUGCAGAGAUUGCUCCCCAACACAGAAGAGGCCUUCUUGUGUCACUGAAUGAGCUGAUGAUUGUCACCGGCAUUCUUUUUGCCUAUAUUUCAAAUUAUGCAUUCGCCAGUGUUUCCCAUGGAUGGAAGUAUAUGUUUGGUCUUGUUAUUCCCUUGGGAGUUUUGCAGGCAAUUGCCAUGUACUGUCUUCCUCCAAGCCCUCGGUUUCUGGUGAUGAAAGGACAAGAAGAAGUUGCUAGCAAAGUUCUCGGAAGGUUAAGAGCCAUCUCAGACACCACUGAGGAACUCACUGUGAUUAAAUCUUCCUUGAAAGAUGAAUAUCAGUAUACUUUUUGGGACCUGUUUCGUUCCAAGGACAACAUGAGGACCCGAAUCAUGAUAGGUCUAACACUGGUAUUUUUUGUACAAGUCACUGGCCAGCCAAACAUAUUAUUCUAUGCCUCAACUGUUUUGAAGUCUGUUGGCUUUCAAAGUAAUGAGGCAGCCAGCCUCGCUUCCACUGGGGUUGGGGUGGUCAAGGUCAUCAGCACCAUCCCCGCCACCCUUCUUGUAGAUCACGUUGGCAGCAGAACCUUCCUCUGCAUUGGCUCCUCUGUAAUGGCAGCUUCAUUGUUGACCAUGGGCAUUGUGAAUCUUAACAUUCACAUGAACUUCACCAACAUCUGCAGAAACCACAGUCCUAUCAAUCAGUCCUUGGACGAGUCUAUGUAUUAUGGAGCAAGAAAUCUGUCAGCUAGCAACAGUACUCUCAGAGAUCACUUUAAAGGGGUCACUUCCCUCAGCAGGGGCUCGCUUAUGCCCAUGCAAAGUGACAUGGAUAAGAGAGGGGAGGUCACCUCCACACCCUUACCAAAUGCUGGACUAAGCCAAACUGAACACCAGAUAGUCACCGACGCUGCUGAGGUCCCAGCAUUUUUGAAAUGGCUGUCCUUAGCCAGCUUGCUUGCUUAUAUUGCUGCUUUUUCCAUUGGUCUAGGACCAAUGCCCUGGCUGGUGCUCAGCGAGAUCUUCCCUGGUGGGAUCAGAGGACGAGCCAUGGCUUUAACCUCUAGCAUGAACUGGGGCAUCAAUCUCCUCAUCUCUCUGACGUUUUUGACUGUAACUGAUCUUAUUGGCCUGCCAUGGGUGUGCUUUAUAUAUACAAUCAUGAGUUUAGCAUCUCUGGUUUUUGUUAUUGUUUUUAUACCUGAAACAAAGGGAUGCUCUUUGGAACAAAUAUCAAUGGAACUAGCAAAAGCGAACUAUGUGAAAAACAACAUUUGUUUUAUGAGUCAUCACCAAGAAGAAUUAAUGCCAACACAGCUUCAAAAAAGAAAACCCCAAGAGCAGCUCCUGGAGUGUAAAAAGCUGUGUGGAAGGGGACAACCAAAGCAGCUUUCUCCAGAGACCUAAUGGCCUCAAGGCCUUAGGAAUGCUGAUACAGGAUGAAAGCACUACCAGUGGCAUAUUUACCCUCCUCUCCCCACCCCCAGGUUUUUAUUCAGUGUCGUAAGCUAUUUUUAAAGAGACACCUGAAAUUAUAGACUUCCUUUAAUUCCCUCUUCCCCAAAGGAAUCUCAAAAGGUAGAUGAGAUACAUGGCCCUAUUUUUUUUUUUUUUUUGAGCAAGAUAUCAGGUUAAAGAAAACACUGGCUGGUUCAAUACUUUCUCCUUCACACCGCAGGCUUUUAAAGACUAAUUCCUAGUUAGGAGAUCAACCUUUGCCUUAAGCUAUGUAUGGAGGCCAGUUGAAGCUUUAUUAUUCAGAAACACAAGUGUUCUGGAUCCAAGCUUACAUUUUUGCCUACUAAGAUACUAUUUGCACUGGGUCUCGUGUAAAAAAGAACCAGGACACGCAAUGUAGACAAUUUAGUUACACACGUGUUCUAGAUUAGGAUAGGCUCCUGGCUAGGAUUUUGUGGCAAUUCCUAGUUACAGUUCUACAAGAAUAAAGAUUAUGGGAGCUUAUCUUAUGAAUUAUGAAGUAAAAUUUAAUGCAAAAUAUACUACUAUUAUGACUUUCAUGUUAAUAUGAAAUAUUAAAAGAAAAUUCUGUGUGAUACUUGAGAAAAAUAAGCAUUUUCCAUUUUUUUAAAUGAUUAAAGAGGACAAUUUUAAAAUCUUGGGACCAUAUUUAUUUAGAAGUAGCUAUUAGUAAAACACCAGAAAAGGAAUCAGUCCAUUAGGUUAUUUAUCUAAAUCUCUAAGCAAUUAGGUUUAUGUUAUUAGGUCAAACCUAUAAAUUUUCUCCUUGGAAGACUCUCAUAAUUUUUAGUAAUCCAUGGUUUCCUGCAAUUCCUCCCAUGUCUCAGGAAUAUCUCUACCUCAGGUUAUGGCAGAGAGGCUAUAAAUGAUGCUGACGUUCAGAACAAUACAGACAUAAUAAAUGACAUUCAGAAAUUAGGACAAUUCCCUAUGUUCUUCUCUGUGAUGAAACAAGAGAUGGCCAACCAAAGCAGCAAACAUCCAGUGGGAUUUUUACCCAACAGUAAUGAAUUGCUCUAUUCUGCAUUUCUCCAGUUGAAUUUAAGACUAGAUAAGUAUUUCAUCAAGAGAAUUCAGAAUGAAAGAAAAUCCAUAAUAAAGAAUCUAGAACCACUUAAGUAGAAACCCAUUAGAUUACUAAUAUAAACUAUGGAAGACACAUAAAAACUUUUAAUGCAUGAACAACCUAACUUGAAAAAUAAUUUUUAAAAAUGAUUGAUCAUAAGAGAAUCCUUCGUAUCAAAACCCCAGUAUUUAGCUAACAAACUGUCCCAGUUUGAUAAAAGGUACAUGAUCUACUAAAUUCUCUUAUUUAAAAAGUGGAAAAGACUAUAAGUCUAUAUAAAUAGUAAAUCAUUAAUAUCAAAGACUCAGGAAAAUGGCUAAAAGUAUGGUUCUGAGAUGUGCCAUCUAAAAUUAAAAGUUGGCAGGAAGGAGCAAAAUAGAUAUUGAUUCCCCCAUAUGCAAAUUAGAGUGUGCUUUUGUUUUGGAACAAGAAGGCAAAAUGUGUUCUGCAGAGGAUCAGUUUAACUUAAGAGUUACAUGCCAGGAUUUUAAAAAUACAAGUCAGGUUUUCAUGUUAUCUUGGUUUUGUUUGUUUUUUUCUAAGCAUCACAGAUUGUUUAAGGUAUUUUUUUUUUUUAAAUUGUAACAUAAUUCCUUUCAAGUUCAAACACCAUUUAUACUUAAGCUAUUUCUUGGUUUGGCCAUUCAUUGCAAAUGGGCAGAAAAUAAACCAAGAAAGUUUACUACUAGUGACUUUAACUUCAGUGUCUUAAACAUUCUCUUAUAUUUUCCUUUUAUCAUCCUGAGUUUGUGAGCAGGCCAUUUUGUCUUCAGAUUCAUUUUUACCCAAUACCUGUCCCCCCCACCCACCAAAUGAAGCCUUUUGGUUUUCAAAAAUAAAAAGGGGGUAAUACUUAUAAUUUGUAUGUAUAUAUUCACAGCUUUUAUUUAUAUAAAAAAUGUACAGUACUUGUGUAAAGCCAGAAGACAUCAGACACACUUGCUUCUUCCCAGCUUUGUCAUGCUUAGUGGAUCACCCACAAACACUGCCAGGUGGUGAGCAUACAUGUAGCAAUCUAAAUCCAGACCUGUUCAGGCUAGCUUUCCUCUCCAUCAGAUAAAGCAUUUUCAUUUCUACUGAUCUGCAAGGUUCUCAAGUCAUCUGAAUACUGAAAAUGUUAAAUUACCUGGAUAUGCACCUUAGUUGUACAAUUCUUCCCCCCCACACACUAUUUUUUGUGAACACUGCAGGACAGUUUACUUAUGACUGUUUAUUAAAACUAAGUGGAAAAAUCUCAAA